GGUGCGGCGCCCUCCGCUUCAGUUCGCCGGGCAGGCGCGGCGGCGGGGCCGGCGCGAUGCGGCGCUACCUGCGCCUGGCGGUGCUGUGCCUGGCCUGCGGCUUCUGCUCGCUCCUCUACGCCUUCAGCCAGCUCGCCGUGUCCCCGGAGGGUGGAGCGGGCCGCGGUGGCGGGAAGCCACAGGCCGCAGCGGCUUCCUGGCUCGCGGCCGGCGGACGCGGCGCCGCGAGAGGGGCGGGCAGCGCGGGCCCCGCGGCGCAUCCCGGCCGGUCGGACAGGUGUAAGGAUUUCUCUCUGUGUUACUGGAAUCCCUAUUGGAUGCUGCCCUCUGAUGUUUGUGGAAUGAACUGCUUUUGGGAAGCGGCCUUUAGGUAUAGUCUGAAAGUACAGCCCGUUGAGAGAAUGCACCUCGCUGUGGUCGCCUGUGGGGAAAGACUGGAAGAGACUGUAACCAUGCUGAAGUCAGCUGUCAUUUUCAGCAUCAAACCUCUUUGGUUCCAUAUUUUUGCUGAAGAUCAACUGCAUGAUAGUUUCAAAGGCAUACUUGACAGCUGGUCAUUUCUGCAGACAUUCAAUUAUUCAUUAUACCCAAUAACGUUUCCAAAUGAGAACGCAGCAGAGUGGAAAAAGCUCUUUAAACCAUGUGCUUCCCAGAGAUUAUUCUUGCCAUUAAUCCUCAAAGAAGUUGACUCACUAUUGUAUGUCGACACUGAUAUCCUUUUUUUACGGCCUGUUGAUGAUAUUUGGUCUUUACUAAAGAAAUUUAAUUCCACACAAAUUGCUGCAAUGGCACCAGAGCAUGAGGAGCCUCGAAUAGGGUGGUAUAACCGUUUCGCCAGGCACCCGUACUACGGGAAAACGGGCGUGAACUCGGGGGUCAUGCUGAUGAACGUGACGAGGAUGAGAAGGAAGCAUUUCAAGAACGAUAUGACGACUGUACGCCUGCGCUGGGGAGAUAUACUUAUGCCGUUGCUUAAAAAAUACAAGCUAAACAUCACAUGGGGUGAUCAAGAUCUAUUGAAUAUCAUAUUUUUUCAUAAUCCAGAAAGCCUGUUUGUUUUUCCGUGUCAGUGGAAUUAUCGGCCAGACCAUUGUCUGUAUGGAAGCAACUGCCCAGAAGCAGAAGAGGACGGGAUCUUCAUUCUUCACGGGAACAGAGGUGUUUACCACGAUGACAAGCAACCAGCCUUUAGAGCUAUGUAUGAGGCCCUGAGAAACUGUUCUUUUGAAGAUGACAACAUCCAUUCCUUAUUAAAGCCUUUAGAACUGGAACUGCAAAAGACAGUGCAUACAUACUGUGGAAAAAUUUACAAAAUAUUUAUCAAACAAUUAACAAAAAGUGUAAGAGACCGUUACAACAGAACGCCAAAGAAAGGCGGUUCGUGGUGACUGCCGAGUCCAGUGCAUUAAAACGAAGUAUCAGAGGAUAUGUAUGAAGGAAUCGUCCUGCAUGAAGUGUCUAGGAGGAAGUAUUCAUCCUGAGAAUGAUUUUUUUCCCCGAAGAAGUUACAUUAGCAGUAUAUCCACGCAAUGAAGAAUAAGUUCAGGUCUGCGAUGCCAGCAAGACGUUUUUGAUCUCUGA